CCCCCACCCCUGAGUGGUGGGUUGGGGCCCUAAAUACUAAGAAGGGGGGGAACUAAGGUCCUCCCCCCAUGCCCCCACCCCUGAGCAGCGGGUGGGGGCCAUAAAUACUAAAAAGGGGGGGACCUAAGGGGUGGGGGCCGGGGGGGAGGACAUUAGGUCCCCCCAUUGUGAUUUAUUUGCCCCCACCCACCGCGCAGGGGUGGGGGCCGGGGGGAGGACCGUAGGUCCCCCCUCAUUAUUUUUAUGGUCCCCCCCCCUCAUUAUCUUUAUGGCCCCCACCCGCCGCCCAGGAGUGGGGGCUGGGGGGAAGACAGAAGGUGUCUCCCCUCAUUAUCUUUAUGGCCCCCACCCGUCGCACAGGGAUGGAGGCCGGGGGGGAGGACAGUAGGUCCUCCCCCCAUUGUAAUUUAUGGCCCCCACCCAACCCACAGGACCUACUGUCCCCCCCCCUCAUUAUCUUUAUGGCCCCCACCCACCACCCAGGGGUGGGGGCCGGGGGGAGGACAGUAGGUCCUCCCCCAUUGUAAUUUAUGGCCCCCACCCGUCGCACAGGGGUGGGAGCCAAUAGGUUUUGUUUUUUUGUGGGGUUUUUUUUUUACAGUGAGCAGCCACUGGCUGCUCACUGCUUACUAGACAUGUCCCUACUCGCGGUAUAGCGAGUAGGGGCAGAAUUUACUAAUACUAAGUAAUCUUUACUUAGUAUUAGUAAAUGUGGCUGAAAGACCAAUUUAGGUCUUUCAGCCUUUUAGUAGAUAACUCCCUAAUACCGUGGUGCAAGAUGCAGCCGCGGAUCGGAGUUUGCAUGCCACAGUCCAGGUGUUAGUCCCCUUGAAACAACUUGUGGGUUUUAAAAUUCGCCUGCCUAUUGUAGAAAUUCGCAUUCGCCGUUCGCGAACCGAAAAUUUCAUGUUCGCGACAUCACUACUGGAGAAGGACAAGGAGGCCAGCAUCUCGAACCACUUCUUUCCAAAAUGGUUGUAUAGUGGUACACAUUCACAAAGUUUGGAACAUGGUGCCCUUCUCCAUCCCAUAUCUCCAACAUAGAGAUGGUUAUUAGUUGGGGGAUUUAAACUAUAAAUAGAACAAUUACAAGAUAACUUACAGAAAUGAAGGGUUGAAGAGGGCCCUGCUCAAACGAACUUACAGUGUAUAGGAGGUGGGGUAUAAAACACAUUAGGACAGGAAAUUGCAGUCAAAUUAGUUGGGAGUGAGGCAGAGCUGGAGGAGAGAGUAGAGUGCUGCCCAUAAGAGAGAGCAAGAAACAGUUAUGUGAGGUAGAGGUUAGUCUGGGAGGCCAUAGGCUUUCCUAAAUAAAUUAGUUUUAAGGCACUUCUUAAAUUAUUGAAGACUAGUGGAGAGUCUGAUGGUGGUAGGCAGGCUAUUCCAUAGGAAGGGAGCCGCCCGUCAGAAGUCCUGCAAGUGUGAGUUGGCCGUACGGGUACAAGCAUCGGACAGAAGAAGGUCAUGGGCAGAGCGGAGAGACCGAGAAGGGGCAUACCUAUGGAUCUGUGAGAAGAUAUAAGAGGGGCUAAGAUGAUUCAGUGCUUUAUAGGUAUGGGUUAGCACUUUGAAUUGGCUGCUAUAGUAUACAGGAAGCCAAUGUAACGACUGACAGAGGGGUAAGGUGUGAGAGGACCGACUAGAGAGGAAAAUCAGUCUGGCGGCAGCAUUCAUUACAGACUGUAGCGGGGCAAUACGGCUAUUGGGAAGACCAAUUAGGAGAGAGUUACAAUAGUCCAUGCGAGAGUUUACUAGAGCAUGGACAAGCUCUUUAGUAGCAUCUUGUGUAAGAAAGGGGCGGAUGCGGGCAAUGUUUUUGAGGUGGAAUUGGCAUGAUUUGACAACAGACCGGAUGUGAGGCUCAAAGGUGAGGCCAGAAUCAAAAGUAACACCAAGUGUACAUUACGUUAUUCUAAACUAGAUGAAAAUUUUGCACCGAAUAACAUGAUUUUGUUUUCUUCUCUUUCAGCUGUCUAAACAAUAUGGAUCAGUUUUCUCCAUACAGAUGGGAAUGAAUAAAAUGGUAGUUUUGACUGGAUACGAGACAGUUAAGGAUGCUCUAGUGAACCAUGCUGAUGAGUUUGGAGAAAGAGCAGCUUUUCCUAUAUUUCACAAGAUUGAUAAUGGAGCAGGCAAGAUAAACAAUAUAUAAUUUAUUAUUCUACGGCUGGAAACAGAGAGUGGAAACAUUGUAUCCUAAACCACAAACUUUCAUAUUAAAAGAAAGAAAGUAUGGACCUCUACAUAAAUGUUUAACUUAAAUUAAUGCAUUUUCAGCGAUCUUUGUGCCAUAGUUAGUGAGACUAACUUAGAAUUAAAGGAACACUGUAGUCACUUUAACAACUUCAUCUUAUUGAAUUUGUUGUAGACCCCACAGGUCUGCCCUGAGUCCUAACCCCCAAGACCCUUUAUUUCAUUAACAGAAAGCUUUACAGCGUUCAGACCAUGUCUCAAAGCAUUUUGGGUAUGAGAGCCGACAUGAGCAGUGCCAUCACUAUCAACCAUAGAGAAUCAUUGGACGCAAUGAUUUUCUAUGGAGUAAUUGAAGGCGCACCACGGUGACUACUGCACGUACAUUCCCCAUUGCUCCAGUGAUGAGCAUUGGAUUGGGCCACAUGCCUUUAAGAUAAAAAAACAAACAAACUAAAAGUAGGUUGUGGCAGCACGGAACAAGACUGUCAUAGUCAAUCCUGUUCCUUACAGAUCAAGUAGGAAAAUAGUAUAUCAAACUUCAGAGACUUCUAUUGGGAAAAAUUAGAUAAACAUGAAAUAAAUCAGACAGUCGGAAUCAGAAUGAUUUUGACAAUAUAAAGUAAAAAAAGAAAGCAGUCCUUGUUAAAUAAAAUAGGUUGCUUCACCUUGUAGAUUAGCCAAUUAUUAGUAGGGAAACAAACAAAGUUUAUAGCAGAUUGUUCACAUGUAAGCUGUAAUUCCUGCAAAAAGCAAUCCCCACAUGGAAAAAAACAAAUAUACAUACUGGAAAACUGGCUGACUGUAGCUAAGUGACAGAAAGAGAGAUAAUUAAGCUUUCAGCAGCUGGGUUGGAAAUAUAUGAAGUCCAAUGGAGAAACACAUGAAACAAGCUGAGUGUAAUGACCCCAUUUGAAGAUUAUGAAGGAAUCACUGGAGAGAUAAGUGGGAAAUCAGUUGUAGGUUGAUACGGAGAUUCUGAGAACUAAAAAAUGAGUUAGUAGCAACAUGCAAGGCACAGGAGAAUGGCAGGCAGGUGUCAACUUUUUAAGAGUGCGUAGGUUCACUGACAGGGCGGUGGUUACUAGGCUGUUUAUUGUCAGUUAACAUGUCAACCUAAAGGGAAAGAACAGGUUUUUUUUGUUUGUUUUUAAAGAGACAAUAACAUCAGGGCUCUAGUGUUUGGAAUACAGAUAUAUUAUAGAUUGAUUCCUCUGCUGCUGAGUCACUUUACAGCAGUGUCAUUGGGCAUGUGAUGUGCAUGUUCUGUCAUCAGGCAGCACAGCAUGCUGGCAUGAGUCAGCUAUGUUGGCAUGUACUCCCCCUCCCUGCUAAUAUUUAGCUGCAGCAAGUGGCUUCCAUGUGAUCCAGUGGAAUAAGUUGUGGCUAGGGAAUUGUGGGUUUCCAUUCAUAAGAGCUGGGAGGAAGGGAAAUUUUAGCAAGCUUGGAAGGAUGGGAACAGCAAAAUCUUUCUGUUUAAGUGUCGUAGAUGCAAUUGUUUCCACUGGAACCUCUGUUGGUGCAGUUCUGAGGGACAUCCUUGGAACUCCCCAUUUUGCCUGUUUGAGUCUGGCAGCCUUGCUUACCAUGCAUGGCAUGUGUGCUAUAGGUUGCCAACCCCUGUUGUAUUAUUAGUAUGUUAUUAUUUAUAUAGCGCCAUCAAAUUCCGCAGCGCUUCACAAUGGGUGGACGAACAGACAUGUAAUUGUAACCAGUCAGGUUUGACACACAGGAACAGAGGGGUUGAGGGCCCUGCUCAAUGAACUUACAUGCUAGAGAGAGUGGGGUAAAGUGACACAAAAAGGUAAGGAUAGUAUUAGACUAGUGACAGUUGCAAGAGGAAUCAGUUGGGAGCUAUUAACAGUUUAAUUGAUACGCUUUUUUGAAUUAGUGGGUUUUUAAUGGUUUUUUGAAGGAGUAGAGACUGGAUGAGCAUCUCACGAAGGAGGGAAGAGAGUUCCACAGGAAUGGUGCAGCCGUCGAGAAGUCUUGAAGGUGAGCAUCAGAGGUGGGUGUACGGACAGAAGAUAGACAUAAGUUUUCAGCAGAGCAUAAGGACCUAGAUAGGACAUACUUGUGUAUGAGGGAGGAUAGAUAGGUGGGAGCAGCAUUAUGUAGAGAUUUGAAAGCAAGAACCAGAAUUUUAAAUUGAGCCCUAUAUCUUACAGGAAGCCAAUGUAGGGACUGACAAAAGGUUGAGGCGUGGGAGGUCCGUGCGGACAGGAAGAUGAGCCUCGCCGCGGCAUUCAUUAUGGACUGUAACGGCACAAGUUGGGAGCACGUAAGACCACUGAGAAGUGGAUUAGAGUAGUCAAGGUGAGAAAGGACAGUGAAAUGGACCAUCACCUUAGUCACAUCUGGCGUUAAGUAGGGUCGGAUGCGCGCAAUGUUUUUGAGAUGGAAACGACAGGAUUUGGUGAUAGACUGAACAUGAAGCUUGAAGGAGAGGUCAGAGUCAAAGAGGACACCUAGGCAGCAAGCCUGAGUGGUGGAGCUGAUGGUAGCACUGUUGACUUGGAGGGAGGGAGAGACAGGAGUAACAACACUUGAGGGAGAAAAGACCAGAAUUUCAGUUUUGGUCAAGUUUAGUUUAAGGAAGUUGGCAGCCAUCCAGUUAGAAAUAGCAGAGAGGCAGUCAGAGACACUAGUCAAGAGUGACAGAGAGAGAUCAGGAGAGGACAGGUAGAUUUGUGUGUCAUCUACAUAGAAAUGAUUUUGGAAGCCAAAGGAGCUGAUGAGUUUACCAAGGGAGGUAGUAUAGAUGGAGAACAGUAGGGGACCAAGGAACACCAACAGUUGGUGAGAAGAAGCAGAGCCAGAGAAAGAAACACUGAAAGAGUGCUGGGAGAGGUAGGAGGAGCACCAGGAGAUAGCAAUAUCUUGUAGAUCGAUAUUGCGGAGGAUGAGAAGAAGCUGUUGAUGAUCAACAGUGUCAAAAGCCGCAGACAGGUCAAGGAGAAUUAGGAUAGAAUAGUAACCAUGAGAUUUUGCAGCGAGUAGAUCAUUGGAUACUUUGGUCAGUGCCAUUUCCACAGAGUGCUUAGUGUGGAAACCAGACUCAAGUAGGUCUAGCAGAGAGUUGGACUUGAGCAAGUCUGUCAAUCUCUCAUACACAACUCUUUCAAGGAUCUUGGAUGAAAAAGGCAGUAGCGAGAUAGGACGGUAGUUGGAUGGGGAGUUAGGGUCAAGGUUGGGCUUCUUCAGAACUGGGGUUACAGUUGCAUGUUUGAAGGGCGAUGGAAAUAUACCAGAGGAGAGAGAGAGAUUGAAAAUUUUAGUGAGAGGUGGAGAAUGAGAAGAAGACAGAGUAUGGAUGAGAUGCGAGGGAAUUGGAUCUAGGGAGCAGGUGGUGGGGCGGAAGGACUGGAGCAGAGCAGAAGCCUCUUCCAAUGUAGCUGGUGCUAAUGAACAUAGAACAGCAGAGGGAGUGAAGUUAUGGGAAGUAUUGUAAGGGGAAGAAGAAAGAUGAGAGAUCUCUUCCCUGAUUGUAGAGAUCUUGUCAGGGAAGUGAGUUGCAAAGACUGAGGUAGGUGGAGGAGGAACAAUAGGACAAAGAAGAGAGUUAAAUUUGUGAAAUAGUCGUUUGGGUUUGCGGGAGAGUGUAGUUAUGAGGGUAUUGAAGUAAUUUACUUUUGCAGAGGAAAGAACCAAGCUGUAUGAGCUCAGCAUAAAUUUAUUAAAGAAUGACACUCCUCUUCUUCUAAAGACUGGGAUCCUUGGAAGGCUUAUAUGAAAAAUAAGAUACAAUUGGGGGUUUGUAAGCCAUGGCACAUUCCCCCUCCCCCCCCUCUUUUUUUUCCUUCAGUGUUGGUAAUGUUUUGUUUUAUUUAAAGAUACAUUUGAGAACUGCAGGAUUAUAAUAUAUUUUGGCAUAAGAGAAUAUGUUUAUACAUGUUAAUUCAACUGUUUUCUCCCACUCUAUUGUGAACACUGUUUUGCUGCUCAAAUUUUUUUUAAAAAAAAAAUAUUUACAUAAGUUAAUUUCCAUUUGUUUUUUUAUUUUUUAAAUUCGUUUCUUAGCCCUUUGAGUGUGUGCAAUAAAACUUUUGUUUUUCUGACAUGUAGUAUCACGUACUAGGAAAUAAUAACCAAUUUCCAUGCAGGUUUAGCAUUUUCUCGUGGAGAGAACUGGAAAGUUAUGCGGCGAUUUACUCUUAAAACCUUAAGGGAAUUUGGAAUGGGGAAAAGCAGCAUAGAAGAGAAAAUCAUAGAUGAAUGUGAUUAUUUGGUUCACCGAUUUCAAUCAUUCAAUGGUACGGUAAUAUAAUCCUGGAAGAUUAGUGUGCUUUUACAAUGUAUUUUUUUUUUAAAAAAUCUAAAGAAUCUGAUAAAACAACCUCUUAAGACAUAGAAUGUCAUAUAUUUAUAGUUCUUACUGUAAAAAAAAAACACAAAAACCUUUCCUGUUCAUUGGGAAAUGUAUUCUUUCUUCAAAUUAUUGUUUUUGUAAAUUAUUUGGUGAAUGACUUACCUGUGAUUUCAUGUAAGUUAACCCCUUAAGGACCAAACUUCUGGAAUAAAAGGGAAUCGUGACAUGUCACACAUGUCAUGUGUACUUAAGGGGUUAAAGAAACCCUUUGGGCACCAUAACAAAUUCACUGAAAUGAAGUUAUGGUGACAGGAAGUCCCUGGAAUUGACUUACCUUUACGGGUAAAUCUGUUCACGAACGGUUUAACCUCAAGUCUUGAAUCCAGCAUAGUUUUUCUCUGCCCCUGUCCUUCUACUUCUCUGAGAUUGUUGGAAAAGAAAUGUAUGAAAUUGUCAGCUGAUACUCUAAGCCAAUCAAUAGCUCCCCAUUCAUAUAAAACAACUUGAGAAUUUAUAAAAACAAUUUCAAGCCAGUUUUUUUUAAUACGGAGCUACUGAUUGGCUUAGAGAAUCAGCCGAUGCUAUCAGACAAUCAGUGGUGCUCCUGUCUUAGGCUACCUCUUUCAAGAAUUUCAGAGAAGUAGAAGGACAUGUAAAGUGCUAAUUGGCACUGGAUUCAAGACUUUAAGCACUAAAGGUAAGCCAGUUCCAAGGACCUCCUUGUUCCAUAACAACUUCAUUCUCAUGAAGUUGUCAAGGUGCCCAGAGUGUUCCUUCAAAAUCUAAGCAGGGCAAUAAAUUUGACUUACAGGAGUAUUUGUUUGCUUUUCUUUUAGGAAAGCCAGUUGACAACUCUGUGCCAAUUAUGUCAGCUAUUGCGAGCAUAAUAGUGUCAGUAAUCCUAGGACACAGGAUGGAGUACGAUGACACAACCUUUUUGAAACUUAUGAGUCUGACAGUUGAAAAUAUAAGGCUAGCGGGAUCUCUGAUGAUUUCGGUAAUAUGCAACAAAGAACCUUUACUUAUACUGGAUAAAAUUGACUAUUUGCUAAAACUCCAAGGCUUAUUUAUUAGAAAGCAACAUGUCAAAAUGAAAAGAACAAAAAUCAACUAGCCAUGACUGUCUAUUGACUGGUAGGGAGCAGGGCAUCAGAAGUUAGUGUCCCUUACACACUGUAUACAUACACUAGUCAGCAACAAGACUAAAACUACUGACAGGUGAAGUGAAUAACAUUGAUUAUGUUGUUACAAUUGCUCCUGUCAAGCUAUGGGAGAAAUAUAUUAGAUCAGGUGGAUGGUCGGAUAUGUGUGUGUCAUCUCCUUUGGGAAGAGCAAGCAGCAGAAAGCAAUAUGGGAAGAAGGUAGGCCAGAGGAGUCAGCGUUAUACUAAGGGCAAUGUUCUGCUGGGAAACAUCGGGUUCUGGCAUUCAUGUGGAUGUUACUUUAAUACGUACCACCUAUGUAGAGAUUGUUGCAGACCAUGUACACUCCUUCAUGGCAGUUGUGCUCCCUAAAGGCAAUGACCUCUUUCAGUAGGAUAAUGUAUUCUGUCAUACUGCAAACAUUGUACAGGAAUUAAAAAAGAAGACUCACAAGGAGUAAGUGUGUGAGAAAGCGCUUAAGACGUGUCUAAAAAGUAGAAGUGGCUCUUGACACCCGUGAGGGAAUGCCUUUCCUCCUCACCAAAAUAUGAAACCAAACCAACAAUUAUCAAGAUACAAUCUUAACAAUAAAUGGGUGGAACGCUUGAUAGUAUUUACAUGCAAUAAUGCUUACCCCUUAUUGAAUUAAGUCUGGAAAUUCUGGUGUACUUGAAUACAUAAAAAAGGUGAUAAAAACACGGAAAAAAUUGCUAGUGCAGAUGGUACUGAUAUACAAAUAAAGUGCAAAAUAAAUAGGAGAGAAAACUUACAAUAUCCAGAGCCUGAGAAUUAAGGCUCUAUACAAGCACGGUGGUGCUCAUAUAGGUGGCACCCACCUUCUUCUCACGGAAUCCUCUCUCAGGUUAAAACAAACAAAACAGGAAAAGCUUAUAUAGAGUAGUAUAUUGAAGCAGCAAAGAAGUGUCAAAAGUAUAUAAAAAAAAGGGACGCUCACCUUCUUAAGAGCCUAUUGAUUUCUUGGCUCUAAGGUGGGAACACUGAGUGUAAAUAUUUUGGGGUGACACUUCCCUAUCUGGAACCUGGAACUGGACUAGUAGGCAAGUAGAGUGCUAAAAGACUAGCAUUUACUUAUCAAAUAAGAAAAUAAUAAAAACAGUUAAAAUAAAAUGACAAGUCCACAUCAGGACUGGACUUAAGAGACUGUUAAGUGCAUGUAAUUUUAUUUUCACCCCAAAAUAUUGGCACUAAGUGUUCCACAAAUGUGGAGCAGGUAAGUCUGCUCAGGCUGUAGGUGGUCCUUUCCACCACAAUAAUGGGCUGAUCCAGUAGAUGUCGCACAUGACAGAAGCAGUAUCUUCAAAAAUUCUUUAUUUGCAAAAACAGUUUCAAGUGCAGUUAAAAACAAUGAAAACAAUAAGCUUCAGUGAGUUCAGUCCCCUCUGUGAUGUAAGGUAAUGUAAUAUCUGUAUCCCAGCUCAAGCGCCGGUUUUCUCAGUGCUGUGGGUUCUGAUUUUUGGCUUCAAUUCCCUUCAGGAGGCAAGGGCAGGGACGUUGGACAUUCCGCAACAUAGUGAUGGACGUAAUAAAGCUUUUUCGCUGGUCUAAGCUUCUUUAGACAUGCCCUGCUACUGGUGGCAGUCACUUUUAAAGUCAUUCCUAUAGACGUGUACAGCCCAAAAUGAAACAGAGAAUGAAACAUUCUAAUUGGAUAUUGCUAAAAACCUCAUUAGUAUAUAAAAAAAAAGAGAACAUGGCAAUCAGAGUAAACUGGCCUAAGCACCAUACAUAGUGGGGAAUAUGUACUAAAAUAAUGAAAUACAAAUAAUUACAUUCAAUUACAAUUAAGACUAUAUGAUAUGUAAUACUAAUACACAGAAGUAUACAUAUGUCCAACACUUUAUAUUAAUCAAUUCAACGUAUGUAAAAUAAACAAUAAAAAAAAUAAUUUUAGUGAUAUUCUUUACUUGUCAUAAACAUUUUUCUAGUGCCAUUUUUUACUUUGGUAUAUCUGAUGUGAACCAUGCCUCGCCAAAAACAGCUUUUGGAAGACUUGCAAUGAUGAAUGAAGAAAAAUGGUCAGAGCUGACAUUUAAUGUGGAUAAGAGCAAGAUAAUAAGAUAAAGCCAGGGACUAAUGAGGGUUUUUGAAAAAAUUGGGCAGACUUGAUGGGCCGAAUGGUUCUUAUCUGCCGAAACAUAUCUCCCCUGGCUGUGACUCACACAACCUGGAUGGAAAUAAUGUUUUUUGUUUUUUUCCAAUUAGAUGCUAAGCUACUUUAGAAUAUUUUUUACCAGCUCUGUAAAUUGAUAUUUAAUCACACAAAAAGAGACUCCUGCCAGUUCUAGAAGGAUAUUAACAGAUCAGGAGAUGCUAAAUUCUAAAUUAAAGAGGAUGUUCGUAAAAGAAGAUUAACUAUUAGAUGUCUCUAUACAGGAAGUGUUUAGGAAGGCUGCACAAGUCACAUACAGAGAGUUGUGACUAUGACUAUAUAAACAAUAGGAUUUUACAAUAAAUGGCAGCAGUGGAUCUAUACACCAAUGCUGCUUCAUUAAUAUAAAGUUGUUUUGGUGACUAUAGUGUCCAUUUAAGUACAGUGGAUGGAACAUCAUCCUGAUUUGGGGAUAUUUUUAUGCUUUGAGUCCUGGACCACUUGCCAUCAACAAGGCAAAUAUUAAAGUUUAACAAAAUAUACUACAGGGUUAUAUCAGGGUGAUUGUGUGCCAGCUGAAGUAGUAGUUUGGUGAUGCAGCAGGACCAUGAGCCAAAACAUUAAGGUGAAUCCAUUACAGAAUGGAUUUAAAAAAGCAUGAUUCUGUGGAAUGGCCUCAAGAGAGCUAUUCACACCAGAAAUCAUAAGAAUAUGGCUGAGCUGAAGCAGUUAUGUAAGGAAGAGUGGUCCUCCUGAACAUUGUGCAGUUUUAAUCUGCAUCUACUGGAAAAUGCUUAGUUGGCUAUUAAAUCCAAGUGUUGCUGUUUCAAGUGUCCAAGUCUUAGGUUUUCAAGAGAUUUGUGAAUGUUUAAUGGGAUGUCUUAAAUAAAGACAUGAAAUAUUAUAAUUGUUUGUGUGUUGGUAGCUUAAGCACAUAGUGUUUAUCUAUACUUGUGACUUUGAUGAAGAUGAGACGACAUUGUAUGACCAAUUCAUGCAGAACACCAACUAAAAGGACUCACAUACUUUUUCUUGCCAAUAUAUGUAUGUGUGCAUAUAUACACACAUACACAGCCAUUAUAAAUAAGACAUUCCUUAAAAUGUUUAAAUAGUGCGUUGACAUUUUGGAAUACUACAUUUUUAUAAAAUAUUCAAUUUUAAUUGUUUUGUUUCUAUUUCAGCUAUAUAAUAUAUAUCCCAACUUUUUGAGAUUAUUUCCUGGAAGUCAUUUAACCAUUAGAAAAAAUGUAAAGGAGGUAAAUGAUUUCAUAACAAAGACAUUUGUAGAAUAUCUGAAGGAAUUAGAUCUUAAUGACCAAAGGAGUUUCAUAGACGCAUUCCUUAUACGGCAAAAAGAGGUAUGGUGUAAAUUUUUUAUAAAACAAUAUAUAAUUCACACAUAAAAAAAAAAAACACACAAUGCACAAGCUGCACCGUUUUAAAGAGAUCUAUUUGGCUAACAGCACCAGAUAAUUAGACCUUUAACUCCAGCCCCAAACAAAUAUAAUAGGUGCAAUAACAUUAUCAAUAUAUAGACAAAAGGGACAACCAUAAACAUAUUUAUCUUAAUUGUAAUACAGUCUAAAACUUGAAGGUAACAAAAGAAAUGACAAAAAGAAAACAGGAUUGCGAAUUCCUUUUGUACCUACUCCUGGAAAAGCACCAACACAGUUGCUGACCACCUGCAGCAGCUGUCCAGAACAAUGAUCUUUAGAUUCCAUUGUUUAUUGCAGCCCAGAAUCCCUCAAAAGUGUGCAUAAACUCUGCUUGAAGAUAUUUUUAAGUAACUUUAACAAAGAAAGUGAACCUACAAUAUCUACAAUGGCAGUAUACAUAUUAGUACAGUUAGAUAGCAUUGAUUUAAUAAACUACAGUGAUAACCAGCAAUACAAUGCAGUAAUAACACUGAAUUAUUUACCUAAUCAAAGCAGCACUUUAUGAUUAAUCGGUAUACAAGGUGAAGAUUGACACUAGAACAUAUUAUAUUAUAUAUAGUAAACCACCGACAUGCAGUUGAGAAUGUCAGGAAAUCACCAACAGGUAGUUGAGAAUGACAGGGCAUAGAUCCCAAAGGACUUUCAGAUCAAGACAGACAAGCAAGUACUGGCCAACCAACCCGACAUGGUAGUGAUAGACAAGAACCAGGCCUCUGUUAGCAGAUUUGAGAUUGAGGAAUAUAUACCACCCUGGAGGGGUAAAAAAAAAAAAAAAUAUUGAAAAACAAAAAGAAAAUAAAUCCUACUUGGAGACUUACUAAACAACAGUAUUAUUAACUAUUCAACUGGACAGCUAAUCUGGUUCCCAGUUUUAAACAAGAUGAAAUACAGCACUUUAAGCAGGUUUCACACAGUACCUUUUUCUCAGAGUAUCAGGCUUAACUGCCUCCUCUCUCCCAGCUCUUAGAUUCCCCCAUGUCUUCAGAGGCUAACCUUUUAAAACCCUAGAGUGCUCCAAUCUAUUACUAACAUAAAAGCCUCUCUGACCCUGCCCACAAUCUCUCUCUCUCUCUCUCUCUCUCUCUCUCUCUCUCUCUCUCUCUCUCUCUCUCUCUCUCUCUCUCUAUAUAUAUAUAUAUAUAUAUAUAUAUAUAUCAUACAUACAUUGAACAAAAUUCUAAACUCUACACUUUUUCUUUUGCACCCAUUUUUCAUGAGCUGAACUCAAAGAUCUAAGACUAUUUCGAUGUACACAAAAGACCUAUUUCUCUCAAAUAUUGUUGGGAGUGAAGGUUAGCUCAUCUAGUCCAAUUAUAUAGAAAAACUACUGUAGCUCAAAAUGCUAAAAUGGAAUGCUGGCCACGAUAGAAAAGGAGAGUGUCAGAACUAAACCAUGGAACAAUGGAAGAAGGUUGCUCAGUCUGAUGAAUCAUGUUUUCUUUUAUAUCAGGUGGAUGGCAAGGUGAGUGUGCGUUGUUUACCUGGGAAAGAGAUGGCAGCAGUCUCGUAUCCCCUACCUGAUGGCAGUGGUCACUUUCAGCAUGAUAAUGCACCCUGCCACACUGCAAAAUAAUAUUCAGGAAUGGUUUGAGUAGCGUGACAUAGAGUCUUAGCCUCCAAAUUUCCCUAAUCUCAAUCUGACUGAGCAUCUGUGGGAAGUACCAAGAGAAAAGGUAGACAUCUGUUCCCACUGUCAAUAUCUAAUAUUUACAUACAGUAAAAAUUCAUAAAAAUCAAGAAGAUGCUUUAUUCGUCAUUCAAAAAAAGCCAAAAAACAAAAAACAACAAAAAGUGAACACACAGACCCUGGCUAUGACUGCCUGACAAAGCAGAAGUCAAUUUCGGCAGUUAAAGCAAAGAGCACAAAAAUAAGGGGUGAGACAAUAAGGAAUUCCACAAAUAAGUUUAAACAAUUAACAAUUGACUGAGUCCAUGCACAUCGCCGUAGCGAUAUAUACCCAUAUCUGAGAGCGAUGUGUCUACUACAUUGAAAAAGUCCCAACAAUGUAACUUUAAUGAGCUUGUCAGAAAGAUCCCCACUAAGUUAACUGUGCAAUGUCGGUAGGUAAAGUUUGUAUCGGUAUGUCAAAGAUAAAUCCGAUACAAUACAAAGUAUCUACACAGUCCAGCUGAAAGGGGGUUCUUCCUUUGAAGCACAGUUAGUGCAAACUCAGUCUAAAAUCAUGAUAGUAAAUGAAUACCCUGUACAUAUACUUUGUUCUACGGUCUCUCGAUAACAGGCGUGUUUCUGAUGUCGCUAAUGGGGAACCAUACCAACAUCCUAAUGCCUUAACCGCCAUUAAAGUCAAAAACACUAGUCACACAGCCUGAUAGUGAUUGUAUUAGUAGUGUAUGUACAAAAGUAAAAAUUGUCAAAUUAUAAGUAUAUCAGACGGUUAUGUGCUGAUCUACUCGAUCGUAGGACUGCUAAGAAUGAAGCAGUUGUUAAAAAUCGGAUAAUGCAAAUUCAUUUGCUAAAAGUACGCUGAUCGGUGUCUAGUCUGUCUAUUGUGCAAAGGCAGCUGUCAGCCAUAUAAGUUCCGAAGGUACCUGAGUGGCUAUAUAGUGUAGCCCGUGGUAAAUGUCUGCCCACAAAGUAAAGGUGCCAGGGAACACAGGAGACAAAACUAGAUAGUAACUAGAUAGUAACAUGUCGAGCUCCAACAGAUUUCCGCCUUUUCUCUUGUUACAAAUUUUCAGGGUUACCCCCUUAUCUGUUCCCAUAGAUUCCCAGACAUUACUCAUUUGGCCAAUUUCUCAUCAAUCUGUGGGAAGUACUGGAACAACAAAUCCCAUCCAUGCAAUUUAUGCAAAUAAUGUUGUGGCUGAUUUAAACAGAAAAGGGAAAUUGAGAUAGAAUGAACACAUGGCAAAAGUGCCAAAAAAGCCUUGGUCACAAACACAUUGCAGCUUAAAGGGUUAAUAAAAUCCUUAUUUUGGUGAACUAACAAUACUUUUUUGCCUCAUUACUUUGCAGGAGGAAAAUAACCCUAAAACAUAUUUUCAUAAUGCAAAUUUGAUGGGUCUUAUAAGAAACAUUUUUGCUGGUGGGAUAGACACAACAGCCACGACCCUACGCUGGGGUCUUCUUCUAAUGCUAAAGCACCCAGACAUUCAAGGUAAAAGCUCACAAAAUAUUUAAAUGUACAUUUUAAUGAAUGACAAUACAGCAAUCGAUUCACCAAACAAUAGCUAGAAAAAUGGUUUCCAAUUUUUUGUGCGUUUUGUUUGACUACGAUGACAAGUAUUAUACUAUACUUCAAGGGAACUAUUGUUAAAAUACUCCUAUUUUUAAAGAACUAUAGAGAUUAUGUAUUAAAACAUAUGUAAAAAAGGCUGGUGAGAUAGCACAGUGAACUAAUGUAGAAUCUGUUCAACCUUUGGGGGUCGCAGGCUCACAUCCUGGCAGGGAUGACUCAGCUAUUCAUCCUUCCUAGGUAGAUAAAAUGAGUACCAUUAAAUUGGGUAACUAUAAAUAGUAACACCCUCUGAAUGUUGUACAAAAAUAACAUCCCCGUGAUGUACUUGGAAAUCAGAGUAAUAUGAAUGUACCUUUCCUGGUUAUAUACUUUGCUAUUAUUAUUUAUUUUGCUAUUAUUAUUAUAAGUUCUGCAGCUGGAAAACCAUUGGCUAGUAUCUCUCUGAUUGUGUCCUGAUACCAUAAGCUGAAUAAAAUAGAGAAAACUCAUUAGCUGUGUCUAAGCUGGGGGGUUUACAGUUGUAACAAUUUUUACAAAUUACUGCAGUUAUAAGUCAUUCUAAAGGCUGAAAUGGGUGUAGGGUAAACUUUACAUCACAAGAUUUGCAAUCAUACAAUGUUUUUAUUAACCCCUUAAGGACACAUGACAUGUGUGACAUGUCAUGAUUCCCUUUUAUUCCAAAAGUUUGGUCCUUAAGGGGUUAAACUUGUGCACAAUGAAGAAUUAUGGUUAAUUUAAAUCGAUUCAUCAGAAAAUGAUUUUUGCUAUGGGUGAUUCGGGGUUUGUCCAUGGAACGUUAAGUUCGGAUGCCUUUCAUCCAUGCAAUUGUUUUCAGAAAAACACUUUUAACAAUACCAAAAAUAUACAAAAAUGCACCUAUCAGUCUUUUAACUUUUCACUCCAGUACUCCUCCAAGACAUGCCACAUGCUGUAUAUUUUAAAACUGUAUCUCCUUUUCCAACACAGAAUGAAACCAAAGCUUGAUCUCAUAUUCAAUGUCAUAAAUUAAAAGCAAAAAUUGUUGCCUAUGCACUUUCCCAAAUGCCUAUACAUAUUUAAAUAACGGGAGGUUAUUAGCACCACUGCAAUGAUCAUUAAAGUGCAAGCUCACCUGCCAGGUCAAGGCAAACAUCUUAGUUGAGUUCUGGCUGUUAAAUACAAAAGCAAAUACAAACACACAAAAUUAAUUCCCACUACUUUUGGGCGGCAGCUAUGGCUACAGGAGCCUUAAGAGUUAUUACAUUUUAGAUGGAAGUAGGUGAAUUGUUAGUGUAGGACUCACUUAAGAGUUUUGACUUGUAAAAAAGGGCAGGUGAGCUUGUACUUUAAUAGCCGUUGGAGAAGUAUUAAAAACCUCCUGUUAGGGCGGAGCUAGCAAUGGACCUAAACGGACGCACGAUCUUGACCUCCGUUAUCUAUUAAGGAAAAACUCCUGAUUUACACUUAAUUCCUAAAUGGGACAAAGUGGCACCUCAUCCCCUGACUGAUACUCACCACCAUGGGCCACAAAACCAAAGAACCACGGGUGGAUAAAACGUGCAUCAAUCUCUCCGAUCCAGUUCGAGGGAUCAUCCCUUCUUGUUUUCCCAGAUCUCACACAGAACACGUUGGUAUGGAGAAGGUCACUGAGACUGAUGCUGCAAGUUCUACAGGCUAAAGAUGUCACAUAUCGCUGGGGGAUCCCCAGAAUACUGCUUUUCUCCUAUCAAGGAAAGAAUAAUCUGGUGCGGAAUCUCCAGGAAUUGGACACCUUGAUGAGCAAUAUGGGCCUCCUUGCGGAUUCAGGAGCAAGGAAUACCCGAUUGUCAACUCUAGAUCCCUCAAAGAUCCCCAUCUUCACACCACGGUCUUCCUCAAGCCACUCACAUGAAUUUACGGUCACUUGACUGAUUAGAUCUUUUCAAUUACCAAGCACAGGGAGCUGGCCUCAUAGAGCCCAGAAGGCAAUUUGUGAUUUAUUUUACUGUGACGUUCCAGUAGUACAUUUUUUUUCAGUUUUUCUGGGGAAAAAAGCAGCUCUUGUUUCCGUUGCUAGCUUAUAAAGCCUCCUAUGACACGUCGAGGUAGGUGUAAAAUAGAAGGUAUAUCUCUCCCACCCCCAACCUCUCUAUCAACGAGCCACACCACACAUAGUGACAACAAUAGCGUAGGAGGGGGUCUUUUAGCCACGGGUUAGUAACUAACCCAUACACCCUACUGGUAGGGUUUAACUCUAUGUAAAUCUGUCUGUGUUUCACACAAAAAAAAUCCUCUCUUUGCUUACUGUCCCUGUAUAAAGUUUGUACGCCAAUAUUUUGUCUUUAACUAUGUUACUCAUGCUUGCAUGCUCACACAUAAAGUGAGACAAAAAUUAAGAAUUAAAAAAAAACUCCUGUUAUUUAAAAAUGUAUAGGGAUUUGGGAUAGUGCACAGGUAACAUUUUUGCUUCUGUACUAUGUAUUUUGACUUAUGAAAACUGUAACUUUUGCUGCCGCCCCAGGAGUAGUGGGAGUUUGAGCACAGGGCAUUAUCUUGUGUUUGUAUUUGCUCUUGUGUUACACAGCCAUGUUACUGUGCUGCCUAUUAAGGGUUAAAAAGUGUUUAGGUGUUCACAAAAAUACCCAUUUCUGUCUCAUUAGAGAUUUUAGCUGAAAGCAGCAUGGUGAAUUGAUAACAUAAGACUUAUAAUUCAUAUUUAUUGUACAACAUGGAAAUCAUUAUAGAUUUGAAAUGUAUUGUAAAUUGCCAUUAACAAUUAUCUGUAAUCUUGCUGCCUACAGAAAAAGUCCAAGAUGAGAUUUCACGGGUGAUAGGAUCUACACAACCAAGAUAUGACCACCGUUUGCAAAUGCCAUAUACCAAUGCGGUUAUACAUGAAAUCCAAAGAUUUGCCAAUGUUGUGCCUAUGAAUUUGCCUCAUAAAACUACGAAAGAUGUGAACUUUAAAGGAUAUUUUAUCCCAAAAGUAUGUUUUUUCUUUAUCUAAUUAUAUAUUUUGUAUUUAUGUUUGUAGAGAUUUAUGGGGCAAUUAUCUAAAGUGAGAGUUCAAUGGGAAUUUUUAAAUUUAAGGACAGAGUAGGCAAACUGAAAAAAUAACUGACUCAUAGAAUGUUUCCAGUUCAGCUAUUUUGACCUUAAAAGGAUUCUAUAGUGCCAGGAAAACAAACUCGUUUUCCUGGCAUUAUAAGUUACUGUAGUGCCCCCCUCCAUUAAGCUCUAUUUCACGCUAAAGGGGUUAAAAACAUUUCAAUCACUUACCUGAAUCCAGCAACGAUAUCCAUCGGCGCUGGUUCAGGCUCCGCCCAUGCUCCUCCCCCGCCAAUGAUGUUUAAGUACUAAAAAAUGAUGCAAACUACUCGUACAUAACAUUAAUAUUGAUAUUACAUUCUAUAGGGAAUUACUAUUGUCCCAUUACUGUACUCAGUUCUUCGCGAUAAGACUCAGUUUGCCGAACCAGAAAAGUUUAAUCCGAAUCAUUUUCUGGAUGCAAGUGGGAACUUUGUAAAGAAGGACGCUUUUAUGGCAUUUUCUGCAGGUAUGUAAAAGCUUAGGGAAGUUUUCAAUUAAUGAUGAAAGUUUCUAAUAAUCAAACCUUAACCCUGUAUACAAUUCUGACAAUUACUUAAUGCUCAUUGUAUAUAAUAUUCACAAAAGUUUUUAUUUUGUAGAUCUGCAAUGAACAGUCAACCAUUUUGAAAAAUGUAGUUUGACUAUUAUAGACUAAAUUUGUGUCAGUUAUUGUUUUGUGUCUUUUAUUUGGUCUUUUUGGAGACAGAAAAAAAUUAAGACUUCAAUUAGUAAGCGCUAUUAUAAUUUUUUACAGGUAUUUCAGACUUAUUGGCUUCUCCUCUCACUACUAUCAGUAAGAAGUGAUAGGUGAUGAAAAUUUUGGAGUUGGUAGUUGCUAUGGAGACCGCCAGGAAGUUGAUAUAUUAAAGGGACUCAGAGGAAAGGAGAGUGGACUACUGGCAGCCCCCUUCCUCAGCAUGUUGAGUGGGGGCAUAAGGAAGGACUGACCCCCACAGACUUUUUAAAUUUUUGUGUUUUUGCAUUCUUUGUGAUGGUUUUCUUACAAGAACUGACCAGUCAGCAUGUUAUGUAACAAUAAUAUUACCAAGGUUUUUUUUUCAACUCAAUAGCAGUUGAAUUUAUUUAUUUAUCUGAUUUGACUGGUCAUUAUCUAGUUGAAAUCUGGAAUACGUUUAGUGUUUGGUAUGAAUGCAAACCUUAUUUUCUAUAGGAUUCGCAUGUGUAAAUGACUGAUUUUAAUUGAGACACUGAAUGAAUGAUGCUCAUUUGGUUAUAAUGGCUGAAUUUCCGCAUGUUUGCUGUUAGUGAAUAUGAGAACAUCAGUUUAAAUCCACCUGGAAAAAUUCAAUGCUUAUUGAAUGAUCCUCUCAAUGUGGGCCUAGAUCCUGGGUGUUUGUUUUCUAUGUCAUAGGAUUUUAUGUGUGACAGGUGUAUUGUUUUUCUUUCUUUUAAAGCUGUUAGGUGUCAUUUUGUGCUUUUUUGCUUUUUCCAAAAAUGGUAGAUUAUGCUAAUGCAGUGUACCUAUAAUCUUAAUUUUAUUAAGGACAGGAGACAAAUAUUUUGCAUUAAACUAAACUCAAGCAGCACAGAUUUAACAAUAAAGGUUAGUGAAAAAAAACCAUAUUGCAACAGGGUAUAAAAGGCCCUUCCCCCUUUAUCUCUUCCUCUUUCUUUGAUGCGCUAUAACAAAAAAUACAUCCUUAAACAGUUAACGCUGUUACGGCGUUCUAUGCCGUCCCGCAUUAUGUGGGCUUUAAAGCCGUUGCGGCGGCAUAGAACGCCGUAACUGCUUUGAGCCCCUGGAGGUCCGGUGGACUUACUUCCGCCGCGAUCCUCUUCUGGAGGGCUGCCUGACAGCCCAGACAGCCCUCCCCCAGCAAAUGAGGCCCCCGGGGGCCAUGUGAUCGCUCUUAAAGAGCGAUCACAAGGCUCCUAUAACUGGCUGUGGAAAUGUCAGACAGUCCCCUUGCUGGUGGAAAAGUAAAAAAAAAUAUUUAAACAUGUUAUAAAAUAAAAAAUAAAUGUAACUUCAUACAAAGUGUAUUUUAAUACUAAUAUAAGUACAUAUACAGGGAGUGCAGAAUUAUUAGGCAAAUGAGUAUUUUGACCACAUCAUCCUCUUUAUGCAUGUUGUCUUACUCCAAGCUGUAUAGGCUCAAAAGCCUACUACCAAUUAAGCAUAUUAGGUGAUGUGCAUCUCUGUAAUGAGAAGGGGUGUGGUCUAAUGACAUCAACACCCUAUAUCAGGUGUGCAUAAUUAUUAGGCAACUUCCUUUCCUUUGGCAAAAUGGGUCAAAAGAAGGACUUGCCAGGCUCAGAAAAGUCAAAAAUAGUGAGAUAUCUUGCAGAGGGAUGCAGCACUCUUAAAAUUGCAAAGCUUCUGAAGCGUGAUCAUCGAACAAUCAAGCGUUUCAUUCAAAAUAGUCAACAGGGUCGCAAGAAGCGUGUGGAAAAACCAAGGCGCAAAAUAACUGCCCAUGAACUGAGAAAAGUCAAGCGUGCAGCUGCCACGAUGCCACUUGCCACCAGUUUGGCCAUAUUUCAGAGCUGCAACAUCACUGGAGUGCCCAAAAGCACAAGGUGUGCAAUACUCAGAGACAUGGCCAAGGUAAGAAAGGCUGAAAGACGACCACCACUGAACAAGACACACAAGCUGAAACGUCAAGACUGGGCCAAGAAAUAUCUCAAGACUGAUUUUUCUAAGGUUUUAUGGACUGAUGAAAUGAGAGUGAGUCUUGAUGGGCCAGAUGGAUGGGCCCGUGGCUGGAUUGGUAAAGGGCAGAGAGCUCCAGUCCGACUCAGACGCCAGCAAGGUGGAGGUGGAGUACUGGUUUGGGCUGGUAUCAUCAAAGAUGAGCUUGUGGGGCCUUUUCGGGUUGAGGAUGGAGUCAAGCUCAACUCCCAGUCCUACUGCCAGUUCCUGGAAGACACCUUCUUCAAGCAGUGGUACAGGAAGAAGUCUGCAUCCUUCAAGAAAAACAUGAUUUUCAUGCAGGACAAUGCUCCAUCACACGCGUCCAAGUACUCCACAGCGUGGCUGGCAAGAAAGGGUAUAAAAGAAGAAAAUCUAAUGACAUGGCCUCCUUGUUCACCUGAUCUGAACCCCAUUGAGAACCUGUGGUCCAUCAUCAAAUGUGAGAUUUACAAGGAGGGAAAACAGUACACCUCUCUGAACAGUGUCUGGGAGGCUGUGGUUGCUGCUGCACGCAAUGUUGAUGGUGAACAGAUCAAAACACUGACAGAAUCCAUGGAUGGCAGGCUUUUGAGUGUCCUUGCAAAGAAAGGUGGCUAUAUUGGUCACUGAUUUGUUUUGUUUUGUUUUUGAAUGUCAGAAAUGUAUAUUUGUGAAUGUUGAGAUGUUAUAUUGGUUUCACUGGUAAUAAUAAAUAAUUGAAAUGGGUAUAUAUUUGUUUUUUGUUAAGUUGCCUAAUAAUUAUGCACAGUAAUAGUCACCUGCACACACAGAUAUCCCCCUAACAUAGCUAUAACUAAAAACAAACUAAAAACUACUUCCAAAAAUAUUCAGCUUUGAUAUUAAUGAGUUUUUUGGGUUCAUUGAGAACAUGGUUGUUGUUCAAUAAUAAAAUUAAUCCUCAAAAAUACAACUUGCCUAAUAAUUCUGCACUCCCUGUAUUAGUAUUAAAAUACACUUGGAAUGACGUUACAUAUAUAUGAUAUAUAUAUAUAUAUGUUAUAUAUAUAUAUAUAUAAUAGAUAUAUACACAUAUAUAUAUAUAAUAAAAUAAUAAAAUAAAGAAAUAAAAUAUUGAAACAAAAUGUAAUAUAAAUUAUAUAUUCAUAUGUAAUUUCAUUUUAACUGUAUUUUGUUAUUAAUAUAUAUAUAUAUAUAUAUAUAUAUAUAUAUAUAUAUAUAUAUAUAUAUAUUGGUAACAAAAUACACUUAGAAUGACAUUCUAUAUAUAUAUAUAUAUAUAUAUAUAUAUCUAUAUAUAAAAUACAAAUAACCGCAAAUAUAUAUAUACAUAGAUAAAUACAUAUAAUUAUUUAAAAGAUUACAUUAGUAUACACGUAGAAUUUAAAUACCUAUAAAUGCAAAUAUAUUAAAAUUCUACAUGUAUAUUUAAGUAAUCUUUUAACAUAAUUAGGUGAUUUGAUUAAUUAAAAUUUGAUUGACAUGACUGACAACACAGGGAGAAAGUGCAGAGAAUUUAAUUCGCAAGCACUAUAUUUGACCCUGUAACUCUCCAAGACACCAUAAAACCUGUACAUAGGGGGUACUGUUUUACUCAGGAGAAUUCGCUGAACUCAAAUAUUAGUGUUUCAAUUUAGUAAAUUGUAUUACAACAAUGAUAUUUUAAGUAAAAGUGAAGUUUUUUGCAUUUUUUACAAACGGCACUUUUAUGGACUAUAUUAUUGUUGUAAUAUGUUAUACAGUGGCCAGUGUUUGUGACUAAGUGGCUACUAAAAAAGACUAAACAUACCCCACUUUCAAUACCUUGGGUUGUCUACUUUUUCAAAUGGUAUGUCAUUAUGGGGAUAAUUCUCAUUCCUGGGCUACCACACCGUCUCAAUGGUAACAUUACUAAUCCGGAAAAUUUCAAUUUGAAAAUGAAAAAUUCUAUAUUUGACCCUGUAACUUUCCAAAACACCAUAAAACCUGUUAAUGGGGGUACUGUUGUACUCAUGAGACAUCGCUGAUUACAAAUAUGUGUAUUUUGUUGCAGUAAAACCUAACAGUAUUAUGACAUUAACAGCUAAAAUGUCAGAUGGAAAUACAAAUUUAGAAAAAAAUCUUAUUUUCUCACAUUUUUUUAAAUUUUAAUCAUAAUAAAUUAUAUUCCAUAUAUGAAUAGUUAAUGGUAAAAUAAAGCCCCGUUUCUCCUGAUCUAAAUGAUAUAUAAUAAGUGUGGGUGCACUUAAUGUGACAGCGGUGAAUUACGGUUGAACAGAUAUAUAGCGCAAAUUCCAGUUUUUAUUUACGUUUUGUUUUGAUCAGAACGUGCACUAUUGACUCCGUCCUGAAGGGUUUAAAAUAGAAUAAACAUCAACAAUAACGAUAACAAUGAAGGUUCAGACUGUAAACAAUCCGAAUCCCGAAUGGUUAGUUUUCGUAGAGUGCAAAGACGAUCCCAUGUAUUGAUCCAUGAAGAUGAACAAAACUGAAAAGAAACAAAAGACGUGAAAGAUUCUUGGAAUUGAACUGUUUGUCAUAUAUACAUUAAUAGGGAUGUGCAUGGGCAAAAAAGUUCGGUUUGGCACUUCCAAAAUUCGGGACUUCUGUAAUUCGGCACUUCAGCACUUCGGUUCUACACUUCUGAAAUUCGGGACUUCAGCAAUUCGACAAUUCAGGAAUUUGCAAUUCGGCACUUCGGAACUUCACCACAUCGGCACUUUGGGACUUCUGGAUUCGGGACUUUGGCAAUUCCCUAACCCUCUCCCCACCCCUAACCCUAUCCCUACCCCUACCCUUAACCCUAACCCUAACCCUACCCCUACCCCUACCCCUACCCUUAACCCUACCAGGAACACUACCCCUAACUAUAGCGGUACCCCUAACCCUAAUCUUACCCCUAACCCUAACCCUAGAGUUAGGUGUAGGGUUAGGGUUAGAGUUAGAGUUAGUCAUCUUUUUCCCUCCCUCUCCUGUUUUGCCACUUUUUAGAAUUCCAAAGCACUUUGGCACUUCUGAAAUUCGGCACUUUGGCAUUUCGAUUCGAUUCAGCACUUCCAAAAUUUGGCACUUUGGGGCUUCAGUAAUUCAGCUCUGUUUGGCACUUCAGAAAUUUGGCAUUUCGGCGCUUCGGAAAUUCGGAUAUUCGGAAGCAUCCGAAUGUCCGAAUUGCCGAAAUUCGUCCAAAUUUUCCUUCAGAACGUAUUGCACAUGUCUAUACAUUAAUAUAAACUCACAUUUUAUUUAAAGGUAAUCUUAAUAAGUAAAAUAAUCAAAAAACUCAAUUUGUGUAACAAUAAUCAAAACACAUAAUAACCUAAUACACACACCACAAAUGUAUUCAUAUCUUUAUUGAAGUAAAAAAACAAUAACACACAUAAACAGGGAGGGGAAAAAGAAAAAUGGGAAAAUAUUUGCCUCCUGUCUUUAAUAAAAAUUAAGAUUAUAGGAACACUGUGUUAGCAUAAUCUACAAUUUUAUAACAUGACAGGACGCCUCAUAUUUUACAAUUUUAAAACUGUGGAAGAAAAGCAAAAGAAGCAUGAGAAACCUGAUGGAAAUAAAAUACAAUGAAUGUACUUUCUCUAGUCCAGUCCGCAGACAGCAAAAUAUCGGCAAGCGAGGCACCCGCCGACAAAGCCCUCGACAUGACUGCACCCCGAACCGAGUGUGCAUCAAAAAAAGAAUCUAUGCCCUCUAAAGAUAGUAACCAGCUAACCCAUCUUGCUAGAGUGGUGGACAUGACCAGAUGAUGAGGUUUAGCAAAGGAAAUAAGAAGUUGUCCUGAUGGGAAUGCCCGUAGAGGAGCAUUUUGUGUUUGGGACCAAGUGGCUUCUAAAAAAGACUGGACAUACCCCAUUUGCAAUACCUUAGGUUGUCUACUUUUUUAAAUGGUAUGUCAUUAUGGGGUAAUUCUCAUUCCUGGACUACCAUACGUCCUCAAAGGCAACGUAACCAAUCUGGCAAAUUUCAAUGUGAAAAAACGGAAAAAUGUAACAUGGUAUAUUUGACCCUGUAACUUCCCAAAACACCAUAAAACCUGUACAUAGGAACUGUUUCACACAUGAGACAUCGCUGAAUAUGUGUAUUUUAUUGCAGUAAAAGCAAACAGUAUUAUGACAUUCACAGUUAAAAUGUCACGUAGUACUAAAAAUAUUUUAAAAAUUCUUAUUUUCUCCCAUCUUUUAAUAUUUUAUUCAUAUUAAAUUAUGUUUCAAUCCUAAAUAUUGAUGUUAAAUGAAAGCCCUGUUUCCCUUGAAUAAAAUGAUAUAUAAUAAGUGUGGAUGCACAUAUUAUGAAAGAGACGAAUUACGCGUGAACAGACACAGGGCCGCCAUCAGAAAUUGUGGGGCCACUCACACAGCUCAAGGUCUGGGCCCCUGGGUUCCUGCCUCCAAAUCCCACCCACAGGAAUACACACACACACAGACACAAAAGGACACAGACACACACACAGAAAGAUACACACAUACUAACAGACACAAAUACUGAAACAGACAUACACACAAACAGGCAUACUGACACACACAUAUUGAAACAGACACACACACACACACAUAUACAGACACAUACACAUGCAUAAGGAAAUACAGAUACACACACACAUACUGACAUACAGACACACACACUGACGUACAUACAGUUGCAAGAAAAAGUAUGUGAACCCUUUGGAAUGAUAUGGAUUUCUGCACAAAUUGGUAAUAAAAUGUGAUCUGAUCAUCAUCUAAGUCACAACAACAGACAAUCACAGCCUGCUUAAACUAAUAACACACAAAGAAUGAAAUGUUGCCAUGUUUUUAUUGAACACACCAUGUAAACAUUCACAGUGCAGAUGGAAAAAGUAUGUGAACCCUUGGAUUUAAUAACUGGUUGAACCUCCUUUGGCAGCAAUAACUUCAACCAAACAUUUCCUGUAGUUGCAGAUCAGACGUGCACAACGGUCAGGAGUAUUCUUGACCAUUCCUCUUUACAAAACUGUUUCAGUUCAGCAAUAUUCUUGGGAUGUCUGGUGUGAAUCGCUUUCUUGAGGUCAUUCCACAGCAUCUCAAUCGGGUUGAGGUCAGGACUCUGACUGGGCCACUUCAGAAGGCGUAUUUUCUUCUGUUUAAGCCAUUCUGUUGUUGAUUUACUUCUAUGCUUUGUGUCAUUGUCCUGUUGCAACACCCAUCUUCUGUUGAGCUUCAGCUGGUAGACAGAUGGCCUUAAGUUCUCCUGCAAAAUGUCUUGAUAAACUUGGGAAUUCAUUUUUCCUUCGAUGAUAGCAAUCCGUCCAGGCCCUGACGCAGCAAAGCAGCCCCAAACCAUGAUGCCCCUACCACCAUACUUCACAGUUGGGAUGAGGUUUUGAUGUUUGUGUGCUGUGCCUUUUUUUUCGCCACACAUAGUGUUGUGUGUUUCGUCGAAACAACUCAAAUUUGGUUUCAUCUGUCCACACAAUAUUUUGUCAGUACUGCUGUGGAACAUCCAGGUGCUCUUGUGCAAACUGUAAACGUGCAGCAAUGUUUUGUUUGGACAGCAGUGGCUUCCUCUGUGGUAUCCUCCCAUGAAAUCCAUUCUUGUUUAGUGUUUUACGUAUUGUAGAUUCGCUAACAGGGAUGUUGGCAUUUGCCAGUGACUUUUGUAAGUCUUUGGCUGACACUCUAGGAUUCUUCUUCACCUCAUUGAGCAGUCUGCGCUGUGCUCCUGCAGUCAUCUUUACAGGACGGCCACUCCUAGGGAGAGUAGCAGCAGUGCUGAACUUUCUCCAUUUAUAGACAAUUUGUCUUACCGUGGACUGAUGACAGCAAGUCUUUUGGAGAUACUUUUAUAACCUUUUCCAGAUUUAUGUAAGUCAACAAUUCUUAAUCGUAGGUCUUCUGAGUGCUCUUUUGUGCGAGGCAUCAUUCACAUCAGGCAAUGCUUCUUGUGAAAAGCAAACCCAGAACUGGUGUGUGUUUUUUAGAGGGCAGGGCAGCUGUGGCCAACACCUCCAAUCUUAUCUCAUUGAUUGGACUCCAGUUGGCUGACAUCUCACUCCAAUUAGCUCUUGGAGAUGUCAUUAGUCUAGGGGUUCACAUACUUUUUCCACCUGCACUGUGAAUGUUUACAUGGUGUGUUCAAUAAAAACAUGGCAACAUUUCAUUCUUUGUGUGUUAUUAGUUUAAGCAGACUGUGAUUGUCUAUUGUUGUGACUUAGAUGAUGAUCAGAUCACAUUUUAUGACCAAUUUGUGCAGAAAUCCAUAUCAUUGCAAAGGGUUCACAUACUUUUUCUUGCAACUGUAUAUCCUCCACAUACUGACACACAUACAUACAGACAUACAUACAUACAUACUGACAAACUGACAUACAUACAGACAUACAUACAUACAUAAUGGCAUACAUUAACAUACAUACAGUGAUACACACACACAUACAGAUAGAUAUAUAGACAUACAUGCAUACACACAUACAUACUGAUAGAUAUAUACAUACACACAUACAUACUGACAAACAAACAUGCAUACAUACAUGCAGACAUAUACACCUCAUUUAUCAGCCACCCUCCUCUCCCUUACCUUUUCGUUGCAGGAGGUUGAUUGGGGAUGAUGGGAACAGAUGCCUCUCCUCGGCUGUAUCUCCGCCCGCGCGGAGUAAGCUAGGAGGAAGUGACCGGCCGUCACUUCCUCCCUGCAGCACAUGCGGUGCUGCCGCAAUUUUUUUAAAGAGGCCCAGUCAUGCUAUUACGCGGCCGCAGUGCUGACCGGGCCCCUGAAGAUAUAAGGCCCAUCGGGUAGCCCUUAAAUGCUUGACCCACCUGAUGGGCCCUGGUGCAGAUGCACCUGCUGCAGUUUCACCGCUCCAUGUGGGGCCAGGUCGGCCGGGCCCCCCAGAGCCGCUGGGCCCAUGACAACCAUCAUGGUUGUCCCCCACUAGUGGUGACCCUGAACAGACAUAUGCGCAAUUUCAAGUUUUUGUUUACUUUUUGUUUUGUUCACAACGUGUACAUUUGGCUCAGUCCUUAAGCGGUUAAGCAAUGGUAUAGUAAUAAGAGAUGAAGCAACAAAAUACUCUGACCUGUACCAGCAGGAGCAGCAAAAAAGAGGAAGAAAUAAAGGGGGAGGUGCCUUCUAUAUCCUGUUGCAAUAUGUUUUUUUCACUAAACUUUUUUGUUAAAUCUGUGCUGCUGAAGUUUAGUAAAGAGAGUUUAAUGCAAAAUAUGAAGCCUCCUGUCAUGUUAUAAAAUUUGUCAUCUCUAGAUCUUUUCACUAUAUGAUUAAAAUGCAACUGGUGCUAUAGACUAUAUAAAAAUCAUAAUUAGCUCUUUAUGUUUUUGUAUUUAUAUAUUGUGCUUAUCUUUCGUUUUGUGUAUUUUUAUGGAUUGCAGGUCGCAGAGUUUGCGUCGGUGAAACUCUAGCACGAAUGGAGCUCUUUAUGUUUUUUACAAGUCUUCUACAAAACUUUCACUUUUGUCUACCACCUGGCAUUACUGAUGUUGAUCUCACCCCUGCAGUUGGAAUUCUGACACCUCCUUUCCCAUAUAAGAUGUGUGCAAUACCAAGAGCUUAA